GCGGGCUCUCCCAAACCCCUAAACCCUGCGCCUGCCCGAAUAAACGUUGUCUUCUCUCAAUCAGUCGCUAGCUCCGACGCCGGCGAAGAAGAUGGUGGUGAAAUUUAAAGAGAACGAAGACUAUGAGGCGUUGCGCGAGCUGUUCAGACACCAUAUAGAAUCGUUUGAUCACCUCGUCGAUGCCGGAUUGGAGACACUUAUGAACAGCAUCAAACCCGUCGAAAUUUACGACUCAUUCACCAACAAAAAGCUUAGAAUUUGGCUGGGUAAGCCUGAGUUAUACCCACCACAGAAGGAGCGCAAUUUGAGAACAAUACGGGAAGCUCUUCUUCCUUAUGAAUGUAGGCAAGCUAAAAUUUCAUAUACCGGAAAGUUCAUGGCAGAUGUUUGUUUUCAAUACGAUGAAAAAGCUGUCAUAAGAGAGAAGUUUAACUUUGGGCAAUUUCCGAUAAUGCUGAAGUCAAAGCUUUGUCACUUGAGAGGUCUUGAUCCCAAGAAGUUGGUCUCCUACAACGAAGAGGCAUCAGAAAUGGGUGGUUAUUUCGUUAUGAAUGGGUUGGAGAGAGUUGUUCGGCUUUUGAUAGCACCCAAACGAAACUAUCCAAUGAGCAUGGUGAGGAAUUCAUUUUCUGAUCGACGGGAAGGUUAUACUGAUAAGGCAGUGGUUAUAAGGUGUGUAAGAGAAGAUCAAUCUUCAGUAACAGUCAAAUUAUAUUAUCUUAGGAAUGGAAGUGCCAGACUUGGAUUUUGGGUUCAGGGAAAGGAGUACUUGCUUCCCAUAGGGGUCGUCCUAAAGGCCCUAAUUGACACAAACGACCACGAAAUAUAUGCAAGUCUGACAAGCUGUUAUAGUGACAAACAUGGAAAGAGUAAGGGUGCUGUUGCAACUCAGCUCGUUGGUGAAAGGGCAAAGAUUAUUCUUGAUGAAGUUCGAGACCUGGCACUUUUUGAUCGUCGUCAAUGUCUAGAUCAUAUAGGACAACACUUCCAGCCAGUCAUGGAGGGGCUGGGAAAAGAAAAAUUCUCUACUGUUGCAGAUGCAGUUCUUAAAAACUACAUAUUUGUUCACCUCGACAACAAUUAUGACAAGUUCAAUCUGCUUAUUUUUAUGGCACAGAAACUUUUCUCCCUUAUAGAUCAGACUUCUGUACCUGACAACCCCGAUUCCUUGCAGAACCAGGACGUUCUGCUACCUGGUCAGCUAAUUACUCUUUAUCUCAAGGAGAAACUGGAAGACUGGUUGCAAAAGUCGAAAAAGCUUCUUGAAGAUGAAAUUAGUAAUCCCAGCAAAAAUUUUGAAUUCUGCAGCUUAGCUCAUGUGAAGAAGGUCAUGGACAAGAAUCCAUCAAAACAGAUUAGUUCAGCUGUUGAAAAUAUGUUGAAAACUGGAAGACUCGUUACACAAACUGGCCUAGAUCUGCAGCAGAGAGCAGGCUUUACAGUUCAGGCAGAGCGACUUAAUUUCUUGCGCUUUGUGUCUCAUUUUCGUGCUGUUCAUCGUGGAGCUUCGUUUGCUGGACUUCGCACUACAACUGUGCGGAAAUUGCUACCUGAGUCUUGGGGUUUUCUUUGUCCAGUACACACUCCUGAUGGUGAACCAUGCGGCUUGCUGAAUCAUUUAACCAGCACCUGCAGAAUUACGUCAUACUUCAAUUCUCAAGGAAAAGUUCGAGACUUUUACAAAAUAAGGACGUCUAUUCUAAGUGUUCUAAUUGCAGUUGGAAUGAUACCGUCACUACCGAAGCUUGUUCAAAUGGGUCCUCCUGAUGUUCUUAAUGUGCUUUUAGAUGGUCGACUCGUUGGUUAUAUAUCAUCCAAUGAAGUAGAGAAAGUUGUUGCUCAUUUACGUCGAUUAAAAGUUUUAUCUCCCCACGUGAUUCCCGACGAUCUGGAAGUUGGAUAUGUACCUUUGAGUAUAAGUGGAGCAUAUCCUGGUUUAUACCUUUUCACAUCUCCUUCUAGAUUUGUCCGACCAGUUAAAAAUCUUUCAAUCUCCCCUGAGGAUAAUCACAAUAUUGAACUCAUCGGCCCAUUUGAACAGGUGUUUAUGGAAAUACGAUGCCCUGAUGGGGGUGAUGGUGGGAGGAAAGAUGAGUUUCCUGCAACACAUGAAGAAAUCCAUCCAACUGGGAUGCUCAGUGUGGUUGCUAAUCUUACCCCUUGGUCCGAUCACAAUCAGAGCCCACGUAAUAUGUACCAAUGCCAGAUGGCAAAACAAACAAUGGCAUUCUCUCUGCAAGCUAUUCGGUACCGUGCAGAUCAAAAGCUAUACCAUCUUCAGACUCCUCAGACCCCUAUUGUUCGUACAAGCACAUAUACGAAAUACAACAUAGAUGAAUAUCCAACUGGCACAAACGCAAUAGUGGCAGUGUUGGCAUAUACUGGUUAUGACAUGGAGGAUGCGAUGAUUCUGAACAAGUCCUCUGUGGAGCGUGGAAUGUUCCAUGGACAAAUAUAUCAGACAGAAACUAUUGACUUGUCUGAUCAGGGCAAUAGGUCAAGUCGAAGUCAGAAGAUGUUUAGGAGGAGUAAUAUUGAUACAUCUGUGCGAUCUAUCAUAGAUGCAGAUGGGCUGCCUUAUGUUGGUCAGAUGAUACAACCAGAUGAGCCUUAUUGUAGCAUUUAUGAUGAGGUGGCUGGCACAACCAGAACCAUGAAACUUAAAGGUUCAGAAGCUGUUAUUGUUGAUUAUGUGUCUGUUGAUGUGAAGAAUAAGAAUAACCCCCAAAAGGUGAAUAUACGCUUCCGGCGCCCUCGGAAUCCAAUGAUUGGAGAUAAAUUUAGUAGUAGACAUGGACAGAAAGGUGUUUGCUCCCAGCUAUGGCCAGAUAUUGAUAUGCCAUUUUGUGGAGCUACAGGAAUGCGCCCGGAUUUGAUUAUCAAUCCCCAUGCUUUUCCUUCAAGAAUGACAAUAGCAAUGUUGAUGGAGUCUGUUGCUGCGAAGGGAGGGUGUUUAAAUGGAGAGUUUGUUAAUGCAACACCAUUUAGGAGUUCUGUAAAGAAAACGAAUGCCGGAGAUGGAGAGACAAACGCCGAGACACUUGUUGAUGAACUUGGGUCUACGUUAAUCAAAAAGGGAUUUAAUUACCAUGGUCUUGAGGUAUUGUACAGUGGAGUUUAUGGAACAGAGCUAACAUGUGAAAUUUUUAUUGGACCCGUAUAUUAUCAGCGUCUUCGGCACAUGGUUUCUGACAAAUAUCAGGUUCGUUCCACUGGAACCGUGGAUCAAGUAACUCGGCAACCAAUCAAAGGUAGAAAAAAAGGUGGUGGUAUACGUUUUGGUGAAAUGGAGCGCGACUCAAUGCUAGCACAUGGAGCAUCAUACUUGUUGCAUGAUAGGCUUCAUACAUGUUCUGAUCAUCACAUUGCUGAUGUAUGUUCACUCUGCGGCAGCAUUCUAACAUCAUCUUUCGUCCAGCCCCCAAAGCGUGCUGUGCGUGAAAUAGGCGGGCUCCCUCCUGGGAAGGCUCCGAAAAGGGUUACGUGUCAUGCUUGCAAAACAAGUAAAGGUAUGGAGACGGUAGCAAUGCCUUAUGUCUUCAAGUACUUGGCUGCAGAGUUGGCAGCGAUGAACAUAAAAAUGACUCUCGAACUAAGCAAUGGAGCAGUCUGAUUUGAACAAUGCUCAUGUUUUAAGAUCUCGUCCUCCGGAUUUGCUUGGUUCAUAAGUGAGAUCAGACUCGAGACCAGUUUCAUAAAGAUGACUUGGCUGCUCUCGAGUAAAAAUUUAUUGCCCUGGAGGAGACCAAAUUUUGGGUCCGUGCUAUAUUUUCGAUUUAGGGUCUGAGGUAUUGUUAGUUCCCAUUUUUGUACUAUUUAAACCCUGGGCUAACGGCUUCUUUUGGUUUCAUUUGUCAUAAUUUUUAUUCCAUUCAUAAGCCAUGGUGUAACAUAAACGAAUGAUUUUGUAACGUCUGAUGAAUCUUAUGUAUUAUAAUUUAUAAAAAGUGUUCCAUUAUUAGAGUUGUUUCA